AUGGAAAAACGGUGGUUCAAUUCUAUGCUGUUUUAUAGGCAGUUAGAAUACAGGUGUGGGCUAAGUAACUCAAUGGAUAGUUUUGGUCCUGUUGAAAAUACCAGUGCAAGUGAAGACCCAAUUUUGAUUGAUAUGGAAAAAGACUUUCCUAGCUGGAAUGAUAGUGACAAUUCUAGUUACAGUAAUGUUGAUUAUUUAGUCGGUGUCAGGAACAUUAGAAAUUUCCUAUCUGAUAAAAUUCUUUUAGUUAGGGAUAACAAUAGCCAAAGGAACCGUUAUUCCAUAUAUUUUGAUAUUGAAAAUCAAUUUUUGGAGAUUUCUAAUGAUCCUUCUUUUCUAAGUGAACCAGAAAGUUUUUUUGAUAGUUAUAAUAAGAAUUCUAGCUAUCUGAAUAAUGUCUCUAAGAGACAUGAUAAUCAUUACAUGUAUGAUACUAAAUCGAGUUGGAAAAAUGGCAUUCAUAAUUGCAUUGAAAGUUAUCUUCGUUCUCAAAUAUGUAUUGUUAGUCACAUUUUAGGUGAAAGUGAGAAAUACAAUGACAGUUACUUUUAUACUUCUAUUUGUGGUAAGGGCAGAAAUAGUAGUGAAAGCGAGAGUUCUUCCAUAAAAACAACUAUCACGAAUGAGAAUUUAAGAGAGGAUUCUAAAGAUCUCGAUGAAACUCAAAAAUACAAGCAUUUAUGGAUUGAAUGCGAAAAUUGUUAUGGAUUAAAUUAUAGGAAAUUUUUUAAAUCAAGAAUGAAUAUUUGUGAACACUGUGGAUAUCAUUUGAAAAUGAGCAGUUCAGAUAGAAUCGAACUUUCGAUUGAUCCAGGUACUUGGAAUCCUAUGGAUGAAGACAUGGUCUCUAUAGAUCCCAUUGAAUUUCAUUCGGAAGAGGAAUCCUAUUCGGAAGAGGAAUCCUAUAAGAAUCGUACGGACUCUUAUCAAAGAAAGACAGGAUUAACUGAGGCUGUUCAAACAGGCACAGGUCAACUAAACGGGAUUCCUGUAGCAAUUGGGAUCAUGGAUUUUCAGUUUAUGGGGGGUAGUAUGGGAUCUGUAGUAGGCGAGAAAAUAACCCGUUUGGUCGAACAUGCUGGCAAUCAACUUUUACCUCUUAUUCUAGUAUGUGCGUCCGGAGGAGCACGUAUGCAAGAAGGAAGUCUGAGCUUGAUGCAAAUGGCUAAAAUAUCUUCUGCUUUAUAUGAGUAUCAAAAAAAUAAAAGGUUAUUCUAUGUAUCCAUCCUUACAUCUCCUACUACUGGUGGGGUGACCGCCAGUUUCGGCAUGUUGGGCGAUAUCAUUAUUGCCGAACCCGAUGCUUACAUUGCAUUUGCGGGUAAAAGAGUAAUUGAACAAACGUUGAAUAAGACAAUACCCGAAGGUUCACAAACAGCUGAAUAUUUAUUCCAAAAGGGCUUAUUUGAUUCAAUCGUACCGCGUAAUCCUUUAAAAGGGGUUUUAAGUGAGUUAUUUCAGCUCCAUGCUUUCUUCCCUUUGUGA